GGGUCUUCAAAAUCUCGCAGGUUAACCUGUAGCUCAUCCCGCUUUCGAUCCGUCCCGUUUUGAACCCGUCCCGCGAAGUCCGCAAUUUUGCGGGCUUACCAAAUGGAAGCCCAAUCCCGCCCCACAGCAAGCUUUUACGGGCCAUGUCCGCGAUCCAGCUCCUUGUUCCUUGAUUGCCAUCCCUCCUUACCAAUUAAUAGGCCGUAAAAUGAGCCCAGAAAAUUAAAGUAAUAGACCCAAACGGAGGUCGACGAAACUGACAAGCUAGUACAAAGCAUUAGACAUUUGAGAUUUUGGUCUUUUUUGGAUUUGAUGAGUUUUUUUUUAAGAAACCCAACUAAUUUUUUUUUUUUUUUUUGGAUUUUCAUUGGUGAGUUCUCCAAAUAAAUAGAUUUCCUAAUUUUUAGAAGAAGAAAAUCUUGAAUUAGUUAAAAUGUUUUUUUUUUUUCAAAAACAAAAAAUACAUAGAAUCUACAAUCUUUGAAGACCUAAAUCUAUAAGUAGUAAAUGAGAAAUUUGAUCCAUUUAAUUAGGAGAUAUAGCAUUAGCUUUUUUUUUAAAUCUAAAUUUAUAAUUAUAAUACAUUGGCGAUUUAGGAUAAAUAGAUGGAAAAGUUAUCAACAACUAUUAUAAGCUUGGAGUGAGGAGAAGAAGAUCACAGAUGAGCACCACCAUGAAAAUCAUGUCUUUUGCUAUGCUACUUAUUGUCACGUUUUCUAUUUAUGUUGAAGGAUCCGACAAUUCGUUGUGCUGCAACACACAUGCGAACUUUGGAGCGUGCAAAACACAGCAAGAAAGAAAGAGAUGCAACACUUGGUGUCUUAAAGGAUGUAAGAACAAGAAAGGCGGUUUUUGUAAACGUCUUCCUCGUGGAGGAGCACGAUGUCAUUGUUACUGCUAAAAACAUAUGAUUAUGCUUUUGCGUUUGCAUAGAUUGCGAUACAUAUUAAUUAGUUUUAAAUCUUAAAUUGGAUAUAAAUAUGA